GUUUCCACUCCCUACCGUCUUGGUGCAUGGCAAUCAACGACUGGAUUUGACGAUGAGCUUAGCGCAGUGCUGGAGCAGCCUGCUCAUAGCACCAGCCACCCAAUACCACUAUCAUCUCGAAGGCUUCCGGUCAGUACCACGAGCAGAAGGGCGGCAUCAAGGGAUCUGUCGGCAAGUGACGCGUCCGGGCUCGGUGGCACACACAGCAGCGACCAGGCCUAGCGCUACGAGGGCCAGGGAGAGUACAACGCUUCACGUGCACAGGGCUACAUGCAGGGAGCCGUUGACUGUGUCAUUGGCAAGAAAGACCCAGUCGUCGGCUCCGCGACGGGCGACCACGGCCAGCAACAUUUGGGCGAGGCCCGCGAGAACAAGGGCGACUGGAAGGAGAGCAUCGACCGCAAACUGAAGAGAGGCGUUGAGAUUAUACCCUACCACGAAGAAGUCUUAGUAAGCUAAUCAAUGUGAACUGAAAAGGACGUAUG